ACACAGCUAGGUCAGAGGAAGGAAAAGAGUGUGUGUGUGUAAAAUAAAAACUCAGCUGCAAGAAUGACAGUCACUUGAAACGCCAAGACAAAGCCAUGGCUUUGGAUGGCUUUGCCAGUCCAUUUUAAAAGCCACAUAAGCUGUCCUUUCCCUAGCAAAGCCCCACUAGGGAGCCAGUGAAGGGAGAGCAAAGCCCCCCAGCUGGGCUGCUGGCACAGCAUGUCUGCAGAGCCAGUGCCAGGGGCUGAUGCCAGCAGGAGAGGCCUGAAGAAGCCACGUCCGUUCAGCAUCGAGGACAUCCUCGCCAGCCCCGCGGAGAAGAGCCCCCAGGUCUUGGUGCCACUGUGCCUGCGGAGCAUCUUGGACUGCACACCCCAGAGACCCUGUGAGCUGGAGGCCAUCCCAGCCAGCUCCCUGCAGGAGGAGGAAGAGGAGGAAGAGGAGGAAGAGCUGGAAAGGGCAGGCUGCAGCUGCUGCUGCUGUUCUCACACGAGUGCCCGUUCCCUGCAGGACCUGCCAGCUUGGCUGGAUGCACGGCUGCCCUGGCCCGUGCGGCUCUUGCAGCCGGCGCUCAGGGUGUGCAGGAGCUCCCAGGAGAAGGCUGGUGAGCUGCAGAGCCUGCAGCAGCUGCAGAGCCUGCAGCAGCAGCUGCAGCGCCGCACGCGCCGGCACCGCACCAUCUUCAGCGAGGAGCAGCUGCAGGCGCUGGAGACGCUGUUCCACCAGAACCAGUACCCGGACGUGGUGACCCGCGAGCACCUGGCAAACCGCAUCCACCUCAAGGAGGAGAGGGUCGAGGUUUGGUUUAAAAACCGUCGGGCGAAGUGGCGGCAUCAGAAGAGGGCGACUGCCUCGGCACUGACCCUCCAGGCCAAGCAGCCCCCCAAGGAGAGCUGUUAGUGCCCACAGGGAGCACCAGGCACCCCCUGCCCGUGGCUGACAGGCUCAGGGGGUAACCCGAGGGGGCUAAUGCAGAAAAAGAGAACCUCUGUGGUUCUCAGGAGGAGGACAGGUAGAAGCAGACAUGGCACUGUCACAUGCCUCUUCCAAACCGAGUUCACAUGGCAAAUGACUGGGCAGGCAGGACGUGCAGGGGACAGAGCUGUACCGGUGUUAAAUGUGUGUGCUUUAAGAGAAAGAGAAA